AUGACGAAACGUACUAAGAAAGUCGGUAUCACAGGAAAGUACGGUACUCGUUAUGGUGCUUCUCUCCGAAAGACGGUGAAGAAAAUGGAAAUUACUCAACAUGCGAAAUAUCAGUGUCCCAGUUGUGGAAAGAACUCUGUCAAACGUACCGCCGUUGGGAUUUGGGAAUGUAGAGCUUGCAGAAAAGGAUUCGCUGGAGGCGCUUACACUUUCUCUACACCUGCUGCCAACACUGUCCGUUCCACCAUUCGUCGUCUUCGUGAAGUUGGUGAAGUUGGAGAUGCUUGA